AUAAUAGGUACCUACUAGUGUUAUUAGGAUGGCACUGGUACAGAGGCUGCAAUCUAUUGGGUUGAAGCGGUGUACUUUACCCAUUAGGGCUCUUUCAGAACAAGCCAAGCUGCGUGAAGCAUGGAACCCAAAUCCUUCAUUUGAUCCCAAAGUGAUGACAGAAUUUCUUGAUGACCAAAAUCAUGACCUCCAUGCAAGAAUGCGAGAAUUCCUCAGCACAGACAAGUUCUUUGUUCCUCAGUAUGACAUGCCGCUUGCUGAAGAACGUCAGCUUGCAUUGCAGCGACUCAAGCAGCUCUGUGAUAACAAGUUCAUAUCAGUUCAUUUCUUCUCAACAAAUCCCACUGCUGUUUUUGCUGCUCACGAAAAUAUUUCCAUUGUCGAUGGAGCUACGGCUACAAAGAUGACUGUUCAGUUCAAUCUUUUCGGCGGAACUGUAUUGAAACUGGGAACUGCGCGACACAAGGAGAUUUUAGACGGUAUCGACAGUUUAACAAACAUCGGUUGUUUCGGAUUGUCAGAACUGGGGUACGGAAACAACGCAGUAGAGAUGGAGACGACAGCGACAUACGAUCCUGAAACGGACGAGUUUGUUAUCAACACUCCCUCAGUCAAGGGACAGAAAUACUGGAUAACAAAUGGAGCAAUACACGCCAACUACAUGGUGGUAUUUGCUCAGUUGUACACUGGAGAGGUUAACAAUGGUAUUCACGGUGUUCUGGUUAAGAUCAGAGAUGAUGAGGGCAACACUAUGCCAGGUUUAACAAUACACGACAUGGGUAUUAAGAUGGGUCUGAAUGGUAUUGACAACGCUAAAAUAUCAUUUGAUAAUGUCAGAGUCCCUCGAGAAAACCUUCUCAACAAAGAGAGCGAGGUGCACGCUGGGGGUGAGUAUACGACGAAGAUAACUGGAAAUAACAGAGCUAGGUUCCUCAAAGUAGCAGAUCAGCUUCUUUCUGGCAGAAUCUGUAUCGCUUCCAUGUCUCAGGGUGCAAGUAAAGCUUGCAUGGCGAUAGCACUGCGCUACUCAGCAACUCGGCUAACUGCAGGACCCUCUGGUAAAAGUGAUUACCCAAUCCUCGGAUACCAGUUACAACAACAUGCCCUCAUACCUCUCCUAGCUAAAACCUAUAUCUACGACAUUGCACUGAAACAAAUUCAAGCCAUGUAUGCCAAGUUCACUGUCCCGGACCGAGACGUGUACACAGUGUCCCAUCGUGAGAUUGUAAUGAUGUGCUGUGCUAUCAAGGCAAUUACAGGAUGGCAUAUUAACACUGCAGCUACCAUAGGUAGAGAGCGUUGUGGAGGACAGGGAUAUUUAGCAUCAAACAGGUUCGGUCCUGCUAUUGCUGGCUCUCAUUCCAGUAUGACAGCUGAGGGUGAUAACAGUGUUCUUAUGAUGAAAGUUACGAUGGAAAAUUUGGCUGAUAUGGCAGCGAAGAUGAAGCCAAGAAAGAAUCUGGGAGCAGCUAUUAAAUUGAUGUCUACUAAAUAUACCCCCGGUGUAAUACUGCGAGGAGGAAAAAGUGGUUCUGGUCGAGAUAUUGAGUAUAUCCGCAAAAUUAUGGACAUUCGUGAGAAGCUGCUGCUUCUAAAUGUCGCUGGGAAAAUGCAAGUCAGCAUCAAAGAUAAAGCAGCAGCACGAGCUGCUCGAUUUGAAAAAUGGUCUGAACAGGAACAAGAUUCUGUACAAGCAGCCGGACGAGCCUACAGCGAGAAACUUAUUUCAGACCUUUGUCACGAGAAAAUAGGACUAGCUGACCCCAGCAUUCAGCCUAUCUAAAAGAAACUAUACAACCUCUACCUCAUUACUGUCCUUCAGGAAAACAUUUCCUUCUUUUUGACAAAUAAUCUGAUCACACGAAGAGGAGCUGCCAGCCUCAGGGAUGAUUUUGACGCACUUGUCAAAGAAAUUGCUCCAGAAUCACUAACUCUUGCCGAAGGAUUUGGAAUUACAGAGGAAAUGCUGUCAGCACCAAUCGCCAGAGACUGGGAACUUUACAACAGCUACGACAAUGCAGGCGAGAUGAAAGAGUAUGAAAAUAUGAUCAGAGCAUAAACUUGAGUUUAUUGAAAUUGUAGAAAGUUUUAGGAAAUUUUGAUUCAGUAGUUGAUUGUGAUUAUUAUGUAUACUUUGUAUAAUGUAUGUCAUACGCAUUAAAUUGUAACGAAUUUUGGCUCAUUAACGAAUUACCACAACUAGGAUAAUUGUUAAUUAAUGAAGUGGUAUACUGUAUUGCAAAUACACGGUUGUAUACACAACAAGAGUUUGAAUUUGAGCUUUUCCUGUGUAGUUUUAUUGGCCUUAAUUAAUCAAAAAACAGAUAUAAGAGCCAGUAAAUUCUUCAAGUUUUAUCGAAGAGUAUUUAAGUGACCCUUGUUAAGUUAUCAGCCGAAUGCUUUCAUUUUUGAUUUUGUAUGAAAUAAAUAUGUUGUCUCACCUCA